GAAUAAACAUAAACACAUACCAAACAUUCAUGCCUUGUGUGGGACUGAAACCCACGACCCCUGCACCAGAGCGAACGAAGACUGUACAUACCUCAGACCGCUGUGCUACCGUGAGCGGCUCUGAAAACUAUGCCAAAAGAAAAAGAAAAUGUAUUUGGGCAAAUUGUAAAGACCUUUGUGUCAUUCGACCGAUGAACCUUAAUAGGGAGCCUUCACAAGUGAACUGUACAUGUCAAUACGAAGAUGCGUGAAAGGUAAAGACAUUCUUACGUAACUCUGUUGUUUAUGUCUGUAUGAUGAUAAGGAAUCACCACUAGUCGAUCGCCAGUCCGGCUCGUCAGUUCGAAAGCUGUACUACCUCACACACUCAAGAAGAGAGAGAUCGGUGAUCAUGACAGGUUCUGAGAUUCCAAGUCAGUUUUUCUGGAUUGUGGCUUUGUUGUUAGGAUUCAAGUUUUACCUCAAAUUACGAACUGGAAUAUGCAGGAGCACGAACCGGAUGGAUGGAAAGACCGUUAUAGUCACGGGCGCCAACACAGGGAUUGGAAAAGAGACAGCACGUGACCUUGCUCGAAGAGGAGCGAAGGUAAUUCUUGCCUGCAGGAAUUUGGAGAAGGGAUACAGAGCUCGUGUCGAUAUUGUUGCAAGCACUGGGAACAAUAUGGUGGAAGUGCGUCACCUGGACCUCAGUUCGCUGGGUUCGGUCCGCCGGUUUGCAAACAGCAUUAUCAACACAGAGCCACGUCUCGACGUGCUUAUCAACAAUGCAGGUGCUGCAGGGUUUAAAAACAAAAUGACGGCCGAUAACCUUCAACUCGGCAUGCAGGUGAACCACUUCGGACCGUUCUUGCUCACGUGCCUCCUCCUGGGACUAUUGAAGAAAUCGGCUCCCAGUCGAAUUGUGAUGCUAUCAUCAUGGUUACACAAGACUGCCAAAUUUGAUCUUUAUAACCUCAAUUUUGAGAAGUGGUUCGAUACGCUACAAGUGUAUUCUUGCAGUAAGUUAGCAAACAUUCUGACAGCUAACGAAUUAAGCAGGAAGCUGAAAGAGACAGGAGUCACAGCAAAUAGUGUUCACCCUGGAGUGGUGUUGACAGAUGUGUGGCGACAUCUUCCGAAAAUAGUAAAACUACCGUUCAUUUUAAUGGCCAGGCUUUACUUCAAGAACGCAGUUGAAGGUGCACAAACAUCCAUCUACUUGGCAGUUUCUGAAGAAGUGACAGGAGUGUCUGGAAAAUAUUUUGAGAAUUGCGAGGAAUCAAAAUUGUCAAAAGCAGCAAUGGACGAAACUCUUGCCAAGAAUUUAUGGGAGAAGAGUGAGGUCAUGGUUGGCCUCAGCCCGGAAGAAAUCCACUUUUAGGAUAAUAAAUUUUGUAGAAUAACUGUAACUAAAAUCCGGACCUGCAGAUGGCACACAUGUUCCACAACAUUUCGUUCUUAGCAGCAAAGUCCAUCUACCGAAAAAAAAUGUUUUGUUGACAGCUAUAUAAUGAGUAUUAUGUGUAUGUAUAUAAGCGACGUGUUAACUUCCAUGUUCAAUAUUAAUUUCGAUACGAUCAAAUAUUGUUAAAUAUUUAUUCAGAUAAAACUGAAAAAAAUAUAUAUUUCUGCUUCGACAUGAAAUUGUUUUAAAUAAAUUUAUAUUGACGUAUAUUAUUAUCUGAGGUGCAAGGAAGCUGGCAUAUGUUUACUAUCUAGUAUGAGAAACUUCAGUCAUCUUCGGGGGUAGACCCUUUUUGACUGUUAAAUAUGGAAGUUAGGAAACGUACCCCGAAAUUCUUGUUUUAAUUAUCUCGAAAACCGUAUGACUUGCGAAAAAUAAAUAUACUGGACAAAGAA